AUGGCAACGGCACGAGCACUCCGCCUGGUGGUCACGAGGCCGCCGGCCACCACCAGGGACGGCCUCCUGGCCGCCGCGCGCCGCCGCCUCCUGUGCGACGCUCCGAGCGACGACUACAUGGACCGGCCGCCCAGGUUCUCCGGCGCCGAGGAGGCCACUGGCGAUGGGGGCCGCGUUGGCAAGCACCCGGUGGGAAAAGCGGAGGCGGCGGCGGAGCGCGUCCCGCCGUUCGCGCCAUCGGGGAAGAAGCCGCCACUGGCCGGGUCCGAACAUGAGCUCGCGGACCCGACGGCAGGCGCGUUGUUCACGCAGAAGCGGCGGGUGUCCUCCUCCUCCUCCUCGUCGCGGGAGCGGGAGCGGGACCCGCGCGAGGCGGCGACGCCCGGCGGCCCCGAGUCCGCGGCGCGCAAGGUGAGGGAGGACGACAGGGAGUACUACCGGACGCACAAGCCGUCGCCGCUGGCGGAGGUGGAUUUCGCGGACACGAGGAAGCCCAUCACGCGCGCUACCGACGGCAGCGCCACGGACCGGUACGCGGACGUGCCGGGCCGGAUGGUGGAGGACACGGUGGACGACUCGCUGGCGCGCGCCGAGGCCAUGUUCAGGGAGGCCGCGGCGCGCGGGAACCCCGAGUGGCCGCACUCCCGCGCGCUCGCCCAGAUGCUGGCGCGCCGCGAGCUGGGGAAGGACGCUGCUGGGAGCGGCAAACCCUGCUGGGGCAGCUGA